UAAGAAAUCAGCACCAAUAAUAAUGUGUGGUCCAUUUGCAGGCAAUACCAGGAAGGAGUACGGGAAACACUUUCCUUCGACUUGGAUCUCCAGGAGGCAUUGUUUAGAUAUUCGGAGGCGACGUCCUGGCGUGACACCUGAUAGGAGGGUGUUCCAAUCUAUUGCGGGAGCGGGUGUAUGGCUAACGGUUAUCCGCUGGUUCUUCAUCCGAGCGACGGUGCGAGAAAUGGGAGUUCCUGUUUCUGGGGCGUCGUCGUCCGUAUGCUCUCCCAAUGUUUCGUCCUCCGGCUCCUGGGCUGCCGACGGAUCUUCCACUAGAAUGCAGCUCUCCUCCACCUGCGUCGAUGACAAGUCAUCCAGUAUAUGUGGAUGGAAAUCGGCGGAUGCGGUGGCAGAUGCGGAUGGCGGUGAGCGAUCGGGUGAGAUGUCCUCGGGGUCCGAUAGACUUGGAUUGACCGGGUCGUUUCCUGCCAUGGUUUGCGAAAAAAUAACGCGGCGAAAAGGUGUAGUGAAUAAAAAACGUGAAAGUGCUGAUGUGAUAUACAAAAUAAUUGAAUAAAAGAUCCAAGUGAAAUUGUUGUAGCUUCACAGUGAAUGAAAUACAGAAAAAGUGAUUUAGCAAUGUUUUCAGUGAUGAAGUGAAUCAAAUUAGCAAUAUCGUUAACAUAAAACGAUAAUAACAUAAAGGAUACACAAUGGAUAAUUAUGCGGUAACGCAGGUACGCCUCUUAUAAUUUAUUUUUAUUACUAUUAUAAAUAUUUUACUCUUAUAAGUUCUUGCCGCAAUUCCAUAUAAGGCUAGUA